AUGUUCCGUCCCGCCGUUAGAGCGCUCGCGCGCGCGCCUGCUGUCGCCCGUGGUCCGGCGAACACCCGAUUGAUAAGCACUGGUCCAACACCGAAAUCCAGAAGCUUGAAGAGCACCGUGCUUCGUCUUGGAUUGGCUGGUGGUGCCAUCUACUAUUACAACAACAGUAGUGUCUUCUCCGAGGAGCCUUCCUUCUCUGUUCUCUCCUACCUGCAAGAAGAUACCUCCAAAGCAUCCUCCCAGACCCUCGAUUCCAUUACCCCCAAGAUUCGGGAAGAGCGGGCCGCCGCCCAGGCUAAGCAAGGUGGUUUGGAACAGCUCGAGCAGGAAGCCGGUGAACAAGCUGCCUUUAACCCAGAGACUGGCGAGAUCAACUGGGACUGCCCUUGCCUAGGUGGUAUGGCCCACGGCCCUUGUGGAGAGGCCUUCAAGGCCGCGUUCAGCUGCUUCGUGUACUCUGAGGAGGAGCCCAAGGGCAUGGACUGCAUUGAGAAGUUCAAGGACAUGCAAGAUUGUUUCCGUCAACACCCCGAUGUCUACGGUGCCGAGUUAGAGGACGACGAGGAGGCCGGUCCUGAGGGCGCUCCUCCUACCCCUGCCCCCGCUUCACCUGAACAAUCAUCUCCUGCCAGUGAGCAGGAGACACCUGCUCAACCCAUUGAACAAGGUAUCCCGGCCGCCGCCGAUGAGGGUGAUGUCCUAGUCCCCAAGGCUGCCCAUGAUGCCGAGCAGAAGAACGAGCAGAUCGAGAAGACUGAGAAAUAA